ACCAGCCCCGGAGUCUGGCCGGGAGCGCGGCUCGUUUCUCCCCGUGUCCGGGCCCCGCGAUCCAGGCCCGGCCCCGCAGGUGCCGCCCGCCCGGAGCUCGCGGGACGCUUCGCCGCCGCCGCCCGGGAGACCGACGGACCGAGCGGGGCGGGGGAGAGACGGACACGGACCAUCGGUUGGAGAGACCGGAGCAGGGCCAGGACCCCGGCUCGGCUUCGCUGAAUCGGACCCAGUCAGACCGAGAGGAGCCGAUCCCAGCCCAGCGUCUGCAGCAGCGUCUGUAGCCUGAGUGUCGCUGAGAGACAAUGGGGCCAGGAGCUGUGGACACUGACAGCCAAGUGCCACUGCAGCGAGGGUACCGUAUUGGUGGCAAUGGACACCAGAGGAGUGGAUGGUGGCCAGAACCUCCUUGUAACUGCAAGAGACGCACUGUCACCCUCACAGUCGCCCUCGCAAUCAUGUUCUUAGGUCUCAUCAUCACUGUUAUUGUCCUGGCAGUGUUGCUGUCUAGGCGUCCUCCAGCUGCCCAUGGCCCCUGCUGCCCGGACGGCUGGGUCGGAUACCAAGGGAAAUGCUAUUAUUUCUCCGAGGCCGAAGAGAACUGGAACAACAGCCAGAGACACUGCUCCUCCCUCGGUGCCUCCCUGGCUGCGAUCGACACCCUGCAGGACCUGGAUUUCAUGCUGCGCUAUAAAGGCAAACCCCACCACUGGGUCGGCCUCCGGAGGGAGCAGGAGCUGGGCCAGCCCUGGAAAUGGGUCAACGGCACCGAAUUCAACCACCUGUUUGUGAUAACAGCAGAUGGUGACUGCGUGUAUCUGAAUGACGAGAAUUGGGUCAGCAGCUCACAGUGCACCAGUGAGAGACACUGGAUCUGCAGCAAACCUGAUGCGUUUACAAAGGCGAAGGAGGCGGCAGUGGAAGGGGGCUCAUAACAAGUGUAU